AUGAAGGUUUGCUACACUUUGUUUGUCCUUGGGUUUGCAAACCUCUCACUCGCGUCUCCCGCUCCCCCCAUCAGCGAGAACCCUUCAAGUGUGCUUUUCAAACGCAAUUUCGGAAACUGCAACGGCUGCGGCAAAUGCAACCUGUCCAACACGUUUAUCGGAAACUGCCACGAUGCGGUUAACAAGUUUCAGAGUGGCUACAACUACAACUCGCAUCAAAGAUUUACCGUGGGCGAAUGCUAUGCUGACUGGUACUGCAACGGUGCGUAUCCUACCAAGGACGGUGCCGAUAUCAAAAACGUGUUCAACGUCGGAAUCUACCAGAAGGCGGGUUGCCAAGCUUGUGGAGAGUGGUGGUUGGAGGACGGCAGUAACUGCCAUGGAACAAUCCAAGCCAAGGGUUGCUGA